AUGAGCCAGAAGGAAUCAGGAAGGCGACCCCAACAGCAGGUGGCUCCUCCUUCAUUCCCUCCUCCAAGUUGUCCUCGGUGCUACUCUGAUCACACAAAGUUUUGUUACUAUAACAACUACACUGUGUCCCAGCCGCGCUAUUACUGCAAGGAUUGCCGCCGCUACUGGACCCAUGGUGGAGCCCUUAGGAACAUUCCUACUGGUGGAACCAGCCGCAAGCGGGGUAGGAUUGAUACUGCAUCAUCGACGUCACGAUUCAUGCUUCCACCACCGACGACAGCAUGGGAAUUGGGAGCUCCAGAUAACUCUACAGGUGGCUUUGGCUCUCCAAGCAUUGGUCGUGGCACAUUUCCGCCACCAAUCACAGAAACUAUGCUAUCAUUUAAUUGCGGUGGUGGUUCCAACCAAACAUCUUUCAGGUUUGGCCCAGGUGGCGAGUUCGGUGGUGUGAACACUGCAUUGGAUGCUUUUAAUGUAGGGUUUGGUGGUGGAGCUCUUCCGCCAGCAGCUCGAUCAAACCCAUAUGGUUUUCGUGAUUCUGGCUUUCCUCGUCUUCAACGACAACAGCACCACCAACCACCGCCGAGUGUAUGGACAGCAGGUCAUAACAUGGCCCUUAACAGCACCGGCACCAUACACUCCAACCCCAUUAAUUUCCUGUCCAUUGCUCCCGCUACAACUGCAAACGUAGUCAGCAUCAGCGAGUGGUCUGAACUCAAUGAUAUAGACUAUGAGGGUGAUCCUCUCCAAAGAUACAAGCCACCAUCACCAUGA